AUGCUUGAGCACGGCUCCCAUAUUAUGAAGGCAUGGUGGUUUGCCCUGCUUUUCUACAUCCUCACCUUGUUCCUCACUAAAGUCUCUAUCUGCGUGUUCCUGGUCAUUGCAACUGACUUCAUGAUCUUCCUCCUGCCUGUCCCAGUCGUCUACCCACUAAAGCUUCCUCGUCGGCAAAAGUUCGCCUUAGUAACCAUCUUUGCAAUCGGUUUCUUCGUCUGCCUCAUCUCCCUUAUUCGCCUGUGGAUCCUCAUCAAGACCCAAUCCAACCCCAAUCCAGACUUCACCUACGCUGGCACCCCUCUGAUCUAUUGGACCGUCAUCGAAGUCGACACCGCCAUAGUCGUCGCCUGCGCCAUGACACUGAAGCCGCUCAUCACCCGCUUCUUCCCCAACCUGCUCAUUCCCCGCAGCAUAUGGGAUGCUAGCGUCCUCGAGAGCAACGGACGGCCACGGACCAUCGGCUCGGCACCCUGGCGGCCUGGUGGUGGUGCUAGGGGUAUUGGAGAUGUUGGGAUGGAAAGUAUGAGGAAUGGGGAUAGUGUGGAUUUGGGUCUUGGCGGUGGUCAGGUCUCACCAAGCGAGGGGACUGAUGUCGGAAGCACGUGGGGGAGGUCAAAUGGUGAGGAGCUGGGAAAGAUGACUGCCAAGUCUCUUGGAUAG